GCCUCCUGUGCCCAAGGCUGCGCAUGCCCGAGCCCCUGCGCAUGGGCAGAGAGAGCCCCUCGGCGGCCCGCGUGUGGCGCCUUCGACCCGCCCGCUCCAAGAUGGCGGCGCCCAGCGGCGGGGAGGCGGCGGCCGGGCCGGGCGGCUUCGAGCCGUGGCUGGCGGGGCGGCUGGACGCGCUGGGGCUGGACCGGGCUGUCUACGCCACCUACAUCCAGGGGCUGCUCCGGGAGGAGGAGAGCGACGAGGAGCGGCUGGACGCGCUGCGCGGGGUCCUGGCCGCCUGCCUGGAAGAAGAUCUGUUGCCAGAUGUCUGCAGGGAAAUAGUCGUAAAGUGGUCUGAAGCGCAGAAUGUUGGUGUAACAGAAAAGAAAGCAGAUGAGAUCCAGGCAAUUGCCAGCAUGAUCGAAAAGCAGGCCCAGAUCGUCGUGAAGCCAAAGAAGGUUUCCCAGGACGAGAAGCUGAGGAAAGCUGCCCUCCUGGCCCAGUAUGCCAAUGUAACAGACGAGGAGGAUGGAGCAGAUGAACAGGAUGGAUCCACUGCAGCAGCACUAACGAUUGGAUCAGAAAAAUCGCUGUUCCGUAACACAAAUGUGGAGGGUGUCUUAAACGCGAGGAAGCUGGAGAGAGAUUCUCUGCGGGACGAGUCCCAGAAGAAAAAGGAGCAAGACAAACACCAGCGAGAGAAGGACAAGCUAGCCAAGCAGGAGCGGAAGGAGAAGGAGAAGAAGAGGACACAGAAGGGCGAGCGGAAGCGAUAGCUGGGAUUUUUCCUUUUGGACUCCUUCAAAGGAUAGAAUAAAUUAUGCAUAGGGGGUGUUUUAAAGAAAACAGAAACUCUGGGCAGGUGGCUGGCACGUGGGUCUUGGAAGCAUUUUCCCUUUUGUUUACACAGCAAAAAAACAAAAACUGCAAACACUGAAAUGCAAAAUGUACCAUGUGCUUGUGGUGGCCAAUGUCUGUACCAAAGAACUGUGAAGUGGCUGCAUUAGGCUUUAAAAUGUCAUAUUUUACUUUUGACCACUGAAAUACAGGGGGAAGCUGUUGGAGGAGCUUAAACUUCUGCCUCCUCUUCUUGCCCCAGGACCCGCAGGAAAGUCGCGCUGCUGGGGGUGAGCGUAAGCAAAGCCCCAUUUCCAAGGCAUGUCCUGGGGCCUUUGAUACUGAGGAUGAGCUGCUAUCAGGUGGGUGUGUAUUGUUUGACUAGCCUGAGCAAAUGGCCUUUUCUUGGACAGUGAAGAGUCUGUGAUUUCCUCCUCAGUGGGGGUGAAGGCAAGGGUUUGUGCCUGAGCUGAGAGCAGGUCACAUUUAUUGCCGCAAGACUGAGAAGUAAAGCCCCAGGGAAUGUAGGGCUAAGAAACAGGCUGGAAAAGGUGAUAACUGGAGCAAUUGCCUAUGGGCUCGUUCUGAUCCUGUUUCACACAAGAGGGCCCCUGUCCUGGCGAAGUGCCCUUGUCCCGUCUAGGUUAUACUAAGCAGCACUAGAAACAUUCUGCAUUUUAACAUCACCAUAAGCCUUGAUGCUGGUAAGCUGAAGAUCAGUUGUUGUCUCGGGACUGUGUGGGAGGCUGUUGUGCGGGUUGAAAAAAGUCUCAUGGGGUUUGUCUGUCCUAGGACUUUUUUUCUUAAAAUUUCCUACAGUUGCUCCAAGUGCUAGCACCCCUGGGUGUUCCGGAAUACACUGGGUGCUGAUCCUCUACCCCAGUGUUGCCUAACUCUGCUCAGAGCAGCUCCAGAAAGAAUGGUGGAUACAAUGCUGCUGGCCUGUCAGCCCCGUGUCUCUUCUAGCACUCCCACUGGUGGAGCUGUGGCAGUAGACCAGCCGUGGGGCUGUUUCUGCUGACAAGUUAAUGGCUGGUGAUCAGUGGCUUUCAGCCUUUUCCCCUGAAAAGCUUAUCAGGCUCCUGCAAAGAUACACAACUUAGGUGUCCUAAACUGUGUUUGUAGGUGGUCAGAGACUUGCUUUAUUUUUCAAGUGGCAUGGGAAGACCUAACAAUGUGCAUCCGCCCUGGCACCUGCAGUCUAUAUUCCUUGUCGGGUCAGCAUGUGCUACCCUUGCAAACCUCUUUCCUUUGUGACACUAGGCAGCUACUGUUCCUCACUGAAUGCUUUCCGCACAAAUCUGAUUAAAGGGUUGUGUUUUCUGUUCAGCUAACUGCUGGGAGUGUGACUCUCCACCUGCGUUACCUUUUCACUCAGACAAUAAAAUGGUGCUUGGCUGAGA